UGGCUCUUCCCGCGAUGGAACACGCCGCAUUGUAGACUCCCAUACUUCGUCAAAUUCACAAUUUAACACCUCAUAACUAUCUCCCGUUAAAUAGCAAAGCGUGAAAUAGAAUUUAGUAGAAGAAAAAGUUAAUUCGAAGUAUUUCUGUCACCGUUAAACGUUUUGCAGGGGGUAACAGCCCUUUGGAGAAUGGCUACGUUGGAUGAUCGUCUGAAAUGUUCGAUUAGUAUUUAUUUGGGCGAUGAUAAAGAAAAAUGUGAUUGCUAGAAGGGCCGUUUUAGUUUUAAAGUUAAGAUAAUGAAAGGUAUUCGGAAAAUAGUAUUGGUUUUUUUAUUGAUGUGUACUGUGUGUAGUGCCAAAUAUAUAAAUACCGAUCCUAGUUCGAUCGCUUGUUCUGUUGUCAAGUAUGUCUAUAUUCAGAACGGAUUCGACGACGAAGACGUCCCUCAACAAGCUAUUAAUGGCGAUCAUCUUACCAUAUGUGAAAGUAGUAUGACUUGCUGUACAACAGAGAUGGAAGAUAAAUUGACGACUCACAGUCAGAGUAAAUUUAACGAGCAUCUAAAAGAGACUAUCAGUCAAGUUCGUUCCUUAUUUACAACACAAACACUUAAAUUUGAUGAAUUUUUUAAAGAACUGAUGAAAACAUCAAGAAAAGAUUUUCAUGAGAUGUUUUUAAAGACUUAUGGAAUGUUAUAUGAUACAAAUUCUUUCAUCUUUAAAUCUAUGUUUGAUGAUUUGGAAAAAUAUUAUAUUAGUGGAAGCAUUAGUCUUGCAGAUGCUUUAGAAAAUUUUUUCCAACAACUUUAUAAGAAGAUGUAUCAGGUGAUAAAUGGGCAAUAUACAUUUGGGGAAGGCCAUCUUAACUGCAUUGCCGAUUAUUUGGAUGAGAUGAAACCAUUCGGAGAUGUACCAAAAAAAUUGACUUUAGAAGUAAAGAGAUCAUUCACUGCUACUAGAACUUUUGUUCAAGCUUUAGCUAUUGGUAGAGAUGUUGUAAAAAAUAUGCUAGAAGUAUUGCCAUCCGACGAUUGUAAUCGUGGGUUAAUGAGAAUGACAUAUUGCCCUCAUUGUCGUGGUCUUCCUGAAUUAAAACCAUGUGCAAAUUAUUGCCUCAAUGUUAUGGAGGGGUGUUUACAACAACACAUGAAACUUAAUAGUGAUUGGGAUAAUUAUAUAGAUGCAUUGUUUCUGCUUGGGUCAAGGUUAGAAAGUUCAUUCAAUAUAGAAUCUGUAGUAAAUCCAAUUAAUAUAAAAAUAUCAGAUGCUAUUAUGAAUUUCCAAGAAAAUGGUCACACAAUUUCACAAAAGCUUUUCGAAAAAUGUGGCAAACCAAAAUUAGAAAAACGCAGUACUCACGAAUUAACAUUUGAAACGCUUAAAUUCUCAUACAAACAAUAUGGAGGGGUUAGACCAACGACGGCUGCUGGCACCAGCCUAGAUAGACUCAUACAAAGUAUACGUAAACGUUUUAAACGCACGAAAGGUUAUUGGUCAAAGUUACCUCAAACUAUGUGUAAUAACGAACAAUUAAGUGGUAGUCCUCAGAAAAGAGACAGUAAUUGUUGGAACGGUUUCCAUCAAGCCAGAUACGACAAUGUUACAAUGCUUAAUCAGCACAACGGCUCAGUUAUUAAUGAAUUGAUCGACGGAUCAAAUCAUCUGAACUCUUUUGUUAAUCAGCAAGUCUUAGCCUUAAAACUGAUUACAAGUAAAUUGAAAGAUGCCUACAAUGGAAUGGAUGUAGAAUGGCCUGAUUCAGUGGAUUCGGAUUGGGUAUACAGCGGAAGCGGAAGCGGAAGUGGAUACGAUGCCCUUUCGGCAGAACCCACGGAAGGUUUCGAAGAUUUGUACUUUAGCGUGUCCACCCCAGCAGCAGCCACUAAAUUCUCUCCUGUGAAGCCCACGGAACCCAAUAAUUCGUCACUUUCGAGUCCCAAUCAUUUGCUCAUAGUAUUAUUAUUAUUAAUUCUUUCCAUUUCAUGUGCCUCUCUGCGGUGAAAUAACAAUAUAAGAGAGUGACUGACCGAUAUAUUCAGCAGUUAUCAUCUUGGCCAUUUUAGAAAAAUAUUACAAAGUCCAGUCGGCAUCAAAAAAUUUUUUAUCGUUUUUCUAUAUCGUGAGAACGACGUUCCCUAAUUCGGGGGGCGGCAAUACGAUAAAAUUAACGGGAAGAGAUCGGUCGAAUUUAUAUCAAAACUUUAGGCUUUGUUCCAAUUUUAUAUAAUAAUUAUUAUAAUAAUUCUGCUUAAUGUACCGAAUUAUACAAGUGAGAUUUGGAGUUACAAAAUGUGAAGUACCCUUUAAACUCCCGUUUCCAGAUUAUAUAUUAUAUAAAUAUAAAUAUAUAUAUAUAUGAUUAUCGUAAUUUUACACGUGCCAAGACAACUGCCACUUAAAUAAGGCUUCCAUUGCCCUUACAGUACGGGCAAUAAAAUCAUGCUGUAAGGAUUAUAAGUUAUUUUCUUAUGCAUUUAAAGUGAAGGAAAAAAAACGUUCACUCAUACAAAGUUUUUUGUUUUUGGUUUUUUUUUUUUGGAUCGAUUUUAGCAGUGAGUUGUAAAUGUUCUAACUUUUACGUGUUUAGUAUAAUUACGUAACGCGGAUUUUUGUGUCGUGCUUUUACUGUUAGUGCCGAAUAUUCGAUGUACUUACUGAAUUUUUAUAGUUUGGUUUUUCCGUAUUCCAUGUGUGUCGUUAACACAUAUCGACGAACUUCUCGGUAACAAUUUUAAUAUACAAUUUAAAGCGAAACUGUUUUUAGAUGAUGUUUUUUAAUGUCCGAUCGGAUUAACGAUUGGGGAUAUUUUUUUUAUAUAAUUAUUUUUUUUAAUUAAUAUUAAUAAUAAUAACUUUGUAACAAAAUUACGUAUUAAGCAAUAUUAACUGGUACUAAAAGUGGUGACAAAUCAUUAGACAGCUGUUAAGUAAAACAAUUUAUGUACGAGUAAGUAAACAAAGGAACAAAUUAUGUAUCUGUCCAUUAUCCGAACAAGAAUAACCGUUGGACUAUCAAAUUCUACCUCUCGGGUGUCGUCAAAUUUUUUUUAAAGACACCGUCAAAGAGUGGGUUUAACUUACAAUUAAGAGAAUUAUCUUAUUGUGAUAUUCAGGUGACAUUGCCAUCGUGCCAUAAAAUUUUCUGCCUAUUUUUAGGCUUACGAGAGAUCACCAAACAUUGGUAGUAUUGUCUUCUAUAUUCAGCAAAAUAAAUAUUUAUAUUUAAA